GCCGGCCUUUCCCAUCCCAUAGCUAUCCGUCCACUGAGUCAUAUGUCCGUCCCUUCAACCAACCGGUUACUCAUUCAGGCAGGCAGGCAGGCAUCAUGCACUGCACUCGCUAGUCAGGCAGGCAUAUCGGUAGGUACAGCCUCAGCCCACCGAUCUGUCUGUCUGUCUCUAGCGGCCAGAUCCCCUCUGUGGAUCCAUCUAUACUGUCUGUCUGUCUGUCUACACCGCCUCCUCCUCCCCCUCGAUGGAGUCCAUGGGGCUCCUCUCGUCGCUGCGGUCCUCACCAUUAUCACCAAAACUGCCCUCAGGCCUGUCAUCCACUACUCCAACCUCCACCUCCCCCUCGAGCUGCCCCUGCUCCCCCUUUUUCUUGCCACCCUUGGCGCUGCUGCGGGUGCGGACGCGCUUGGCUGCCCUGGCGCUCCUGCUGCGGUUGAACCCGCGGCCGCCCCCACUCUGCUGUUUGGACUGGGCCUGGGCCUUGCGCUUGCGGGGGAGGGGGUGCGACAGGAUCUCCUGGUUAGCGGGGUUGCGGAUGCACCUGAGGGAGGGAGGGAGGGAGGGGGAGAGGGAGGGAGGGAGGGAUGGAGACAUAUACAUAAGAGAGACCGUUGUCUUUUGUUGUGUGGUCUUGGUUGGGCUGUUAAUGUGUGAUUACGUGGGGCAUAGGUAUGGUUUGCGCGAGGGCCAGGCGGCCACCUUCUGCACGGUCAUCCCCACACACUUCUGCAGGAUAUAUGGAGGGGAUGGGGAAGGGAAGAAACGAGAACAGACACACCGGACGGUGUGCACACAACGGCCAUCCAUCCAUCCAUCCCCACCGGGUGGAACCAGUUCUCGCAUGCGUCGCAUUCGAUCAUGCAGCCCUUGGCCGGACCGCCACACAACUGCACACACAACACAACACAACACAACACGACAAACAGCACAGCACAGCACAGCAGAUGGGCUCAGUCAGCUUUCGUGUUGGUUCGAUGCAUGUGUGUGUAUGUAUCUGUUUGACUGCCGUGCGUGUUGUUGCGUUGGGUACAUACACAGUACUGCUCCUCCUUGGAGCUCAUGGACGAACAAGAAUCCUCCAACUUGGACUCGUCAUCACCGUUGUCCUCAUCUACACACACAAGCACACACAACACAAUACAAUGGAAGGCGCCUACAAUAAAUAUAAACCCCCUGCGUAGUCUUACGCCGAACUCACUGACCGUCCCCCUCCUCGCUGCUAUCGUCUGGGUCGUCCUCGCUGCCCCUCUUGCCCGACUGCACGCUCUCGGCCGCAUCGACACGGCGACGGGGCGCACCCCAAAUGCGCGGCGGGCGACGGGCGCGGCGCCUCCCCUUGACAUCCCCCGCGCUGUGGUGGGUGGUGCCGUUGUGGCUGUUGCUCUCGCCGUUGGCCUGGCUGCCGUUCAUGCUGUUCCCGGGCGGCUCUUUGCUCCGCACCGGCAUCACACGCUCCACCGGGCGGCGCAAGAUGCCGUUCUUGACAUAGGUGCCCUUGAGGGCAUGCUGCUGCUGCUGUUGCGGCUCCUCCUUGCCGCCGUCCGGGCCGUUCUCCCCCCCUACCUCCCCUCCGUCCUUAUCCCUUUCCCCUCCCUCGACGGUGUGGCCGUUCAUCAUCGGCGGCUGCAUCUGCCCACCACCAUCACCAUGCCCAUUGGUAUCGCCCCCCUGCUGUCCGUUGUCCUCCUCCUUAUCGCCCUCGAGCGAUGGGUGCGGGGAGUCGUCGAUGUCCAUCAUGGCGUCGGGCGUCUGCUGACACCGCACCUCCUUGGCGUGAUGCGCCAUCACGUCAGUCCAGCGGAAGAGCUCGAUGCCCAGGGGCGGCGUCAUGGCUAUGGCCUCCUCCUCAUCCACUUUGGUGUUUUCGGUGAAGAAUCCGUCCCGGACGGCCGUGGGCUCGACGGGUCUGACGGCCAGCCAGUCGGCGGCAUGGCCGGAUGAGGCGAACGAGGUGAUGGUGGCGUAGAUGGCCUCAUGCCCGCUGUUGUCGGCGAUGACCUGCCGCUGUUGUAGGGUGGCCAUGGUGCUGGGGCGGCCGGUAGGUCGGCCGGCGGCGUGUCGUGCCUGGAUGUAGCUGUACAAGGCGCCGUGGCCCAGGGAUCCGUCGGACACUUCCACGGAAGGAAACAUGACGCUCCAACGAGCAGCAACAACCCAACGCGUCAAGGAAAACAGGCAGUCAGCG